UCCUCAACUCCAGCAAUUAUCCGUGACAUUCAGACAAUGCAGCCAGACGCUGUCUCUCUUAAUGUCAGCAACAUCUCCUCAGACGACAAGAGCACCACCUCUCUUGAUGCUGUCCAAUCCACAGAGGCGUCAGUGAGCAGCCCGCCAGCCUGGGAUCUCCCCACAGUUCCCGAGUCUCUUUUGUCCACAGUUGGUGACCAUGACAUCACACUUCCUGGAAAUGUCACCAGCCCUUUCUCCACCCAUCAAUGGAACGCCACUACGCCCGUGCGUGGUAGAACUUACUCCCAGAACGCGACAACUGGAAAAAAUUCCACAAACACUCUGUUACUCUCAUCCACCUCACGCACCAUUAUGAAAGUGAACACACCGCUGCUGUCUACUGUUGCUUCACUCAGCCCAGAAAGCUUGACCAACGAUAGCGUUCAGGUUAAAACUUUUACACCAACAAAGUCCUUAGUGACCAAUCUGAUUGUGAGGACCCUUGCUGUUACAGCACCAGCAGUGACAACUGAGGUCACUGUAACAGUUUCCUCAAAUAUCACAGAUGCUGUAACUAUGCAGCCAUCAUCAAGCCUCAAACUAACCACAGCAGCUAUCACUCAGCCUCCGACCACCACAACUACGACAACACCCACAACCUCUACGACACUCCCUCCAUCCACCACAAUAAUUACUACUGCAACACCUGUAACUACUACUCGAUACACCACCACCACUGCCCCUACUACUACAACAGCAACAACAGUAUCAAAAGAGGUACCCGCUACAGUGUUUGUCCCAGUUCAAACUGUACCACUUACAUCUACAACUGCAGACCUACCAAGUGGGACCGUUACCGAGGAAAGUCCACUCCCAUGCAACAUCACUGAGAAAUACUGGCUCAAAACAGUUCGGAAGAAUCGACCUGAUCUCGUCCUAAAACAGAAUUUAGCUAAAGGACUAAGUCAUGCCCUGCAGAAAGCCUUAAAUGACUCCACAGCUUAUGCACAGGUGGAGCGUGAUGACUGCAGCCCACGCAAUGUCACCCUGGUUUACUAUGUGGCUGGUGUCAAAACUGUCUACAUUUCCUCCAUUGUGGUUGAGGCCCUGAGUGUUUAUGGCUUUGACAAGCUGAUGUCUGACAUAAGGCAGCACACACCAUUGGUUAAGGAGGUUCUUGUUCCCGUGGCAACUUGGGUGCCUACCCCAAGGAUUCACCUGCAGCUGAAAACAGUGUUGAGGUUUGUUGGCCCCACAGACAACAUUUACUCCUGCAGUUUUGUCCAGAUGCUUGAGCAGAGACUGGAGAAUGCCUUUGACGAGGCUCAGGACAAAGUUCUGGAGACCUACAGCAAGCUCACUGUGGAGAUCCAAAGCGUGGCACAGGAACCGGACUCUCCAUUGGUGUCGCUGGUGUAUGUGGUCAAGAAUCAGGAGACCGAACUGAAUGGAACCAUCUCGAGCAGUCUACUCAAUCAGCUCACCGCUGAGUUGGUGGGCUACUUUCUGUUCUACCCGCCUCUGAUCAUCGCUGAGCCCCUUGAAUACCACAAUCUCAACACAUCCACUGCGACCAGGAGCUACUGGGUUAAAACAGUGAUCCAGGAUGUGGACAGGUCUUCUCUGGAGGCCAACUAUCAGAGCUUUGCCAGCUUAAUGGAGCAGCGGCUGGCCGAGCUCUUCCAUCUGGCUGGUCGGCAGGGAUCUCAAACUUUGCGAUCCAAACGUGCAACAACUGUGGGGAGUUACACUGUGCAGAUGGUGAGCAUGCGACGGCUGCCUGGUCCCAAGAACCCAGCGGAGAUGACGUAUUACGUACAAUGGAAUGGCGCACCCAUCACUGGAACCACUGCUGCCAAAACACUUAGCAGUCUGGACUCCCAAACCAUGGCACUGACUCUGGGUUACUUUGUGCAAGUGCAGGCUGAACCUGUGGUGAAGAUGCCACAGAGCAACUUGUGGAUCAUGGCUAUCCUCACACCUGUGUUCUUGCUAAUGGUGGUCAUCGGCAUGGUGGUCUUCAUUCUGUAUAAGAGGAACAGGGUCAUUUUCAAAGGAGGUGCUUUCAGGACCUUCAAAAGCCGCUCCAAGACCUCAUAUCGGCGGGAAGGCAGUUACCACCACCAGCCUGUUCAGGGAUUUGACUACGCCAAGAAGCACAUGGGUCGAACAGGUGAUGAGUCCAUCUCUUUAAAUAAGGACACUUUAGUUCAAGGACUGCCUGUGCGAGACGCCCCGCAGUCAGUGUCAUUGGAUAAGAAGGUGUACCAGGAUGGGACUGCAAACAAGAGACCGCCAUCUGCUGAUAUACACAAAGGGGGGCGGUUGCCAAGCGAGGAUGGUUCAAUGUCGAGUAACAGCUCUGGGAAGAUGAAUGCCAGCAAGAACUCCUCAGCCCGAAAGACAGUCACUGGCGGCAGCUGCAAGAAUGACAAGGAAGACCUGCACAAAAGGAGCGCCAAUGACCCAUACGAUGAUCAUACAGGCUCUCUACGGCUCAUCACCAUCAAACCCAUGACAGCUCAGCCAACUUACUCCUACCCCUCAUCCUCCUCUCACAGCCAAGACUCUGUGAUCCUGAAUGGCGAGGCUAAUCAUAGUGGCCUGAAGCAGAAGUCAGAGAUUGAACACUACAGGAACAAACUGCGUCAGAAAGCCCGAAGGAAAGGUUACGGCGAGUUCUCCUUUUCUGAGGGUGGCAGCCACGGUUAUGGUCACAGCCGGCAUAGUCGGCAUGACAACGGAGUCAAGGAACCAAUGACUGCAGAGGAAAAGAGAGCCUCUUUUGCUGGAUGUCAUAAGAGGUACUCCCAUCCACGAGAGCCAACCUAUUGGAGCAGGCAAUCCCUGAGCAGUCCCAGCCCAGUGGAGACAGAGAUGGAUCUUCUGGUUCUUCGAGAACGAGCCAGAAGAGGCAUCCGCAACAAUGGUUAUGAUGGUGAACCAGAGCCGUUUGAGGAAACCAAUGUUGACCGUUUGAUGAGUUCUCUUGGCUAUGGAGGUGGAUCUACCGGCACAGGAAACGGUAGCCUUGGGGUGAAAGCUCACCGCGGCUCUGACUCCUCCACACUCAGCUCUCAGCCAUCCAUUGAUGACGUUCGCACACAGAUGCAUAUGUUGCUUGGCAACGCCUUCAGCCUGGCACCCCCGGACCAUGACCCACCUUCCCCUCCUACUAAGCGCCACCAGCACCACCACCACAUCCACAGCGCCUAUAACCCGUCUCACACCAGCCACUACGGUGAUGGAGUGACGAGCGCCCCUGGGACCAUGAACCACCCCUGUGGGAGCAGGCAGAGGAGCCUGGGCUAUGAGGAUUUGCACCAGUGUAGCCUACCAAAACCGGGUUUCCGGUUCACACAGCUCCCCGAUAUGGGCAUUGGGCCCCCCCCACCGCUAGUCACCUCAAGACCAGGACCUCCACCUGGACCUUCACUGAGACGCUCUACACCCGAUGUAAGCCUGAAGCCUCGCGUGUCUGAGGCCUCAGACCUGCAGGAGCAAAAGCACAACGGCGCCCCCUACCUGCCGCUAUCGAAGACCACCUUCCCCGCUGUUUCUGUUGACCAAUCCAUUAGCACCUACUCAGGAAACCCAAUAACAGCAGUGUACUCUAUAUCAGCCAACCACCCAGGUUACUCGGACUACUUCGUCAUGUCGCCUCCGUCCUCGUACCGUAGUCCAUCCUGGAUGUCCUACCCACCCGAGCCAGAAGAUCUUCCACGCCAGUGGAAUGACCCACCGCAGAGCUCACGACACCUCGAAACCAUCUGUUGAAGGUCCCCCCCACUGACCCCCCCAUCCCCAAGUGGAAACAAUCAGUAGCUCCGUGUCUAUUUGGUUGGAAAGAUUCUCUCUCUCUUUGUUCUUCACCAGUGGCCACCCAUCCGCCCCAUGCACCCACCCACCCACCGCAUCCCAUCCCUCUCUUUCCCCAACUCCCUUUAUCAUCUAACCCUUCACAAAAAAACGAUUCCACCCAUCCGCCCCUCAACCUGGUCGCAGAUCUCCGGCCAUAUUUGUCUGCACCCCGAGCCCCUGACCUCACGCCGGCCCAGCGUGGCCUGCUACACUUGUGUGGUGAACAAUGUAUGUACAGCAAAGACCCCGAUGUAUUUGGUGCGUGAAUGGCGUGAGGCAGUGCCUCUCACAGCAGACGCAGCACAAUCCUGCUGCUACGUCAUUGGGCAGGACUGCUAGCCCAAUCCACUAGUGAACUGACCCAAACUCGUCUGGACCAUCUUGGGCUCAGUCCUGAAAUCCAUCAUAAACCCAGGAAAACUGGGGUGAAAUGAAAACUGUUUCUUUCUUUCUUUGUUUCUUUUUACAAGGAGUCUAAAUGUCUUUGUGAACCUUCUCCCACUGGUUAUUGUGUAUUUUAAAAUGAAGUGAGAGAACGCAAAAGAAAAAUGGAAGAAAAAAACAAUUGUCUUGAUCUGUCUCAAUCUUUGGUUUUAAAUAUGUGCUUUUGUCUUUACAUUUGUGCAUUGGUUAUUGUAAAAAUGUGAGUUUUCAUCCACUUACUGUAUUUCGAGGCAAAAAAAAAAAAUUUAAAACUGAACAACGGCAGCUUUGUGGUCCGCGUUUCUGUACUGGAAGAUGUUUUUCCUUUCUCCGCCUGAACGACGAUAACAUGAAUUCUGAUCACAAUGCGCUUGCUCUCUGUCUGUCAUUUGCUUUGGAAGUUUUGUCUGUUAACAAGCAGCCAAGCCGGGACGCAAACUCAAAUCUGACUCCUACAACGACUGAUGUACUACAAAAGGAUUGCCAUGUGAGUCAGCUUUGAAGUGAAGACCUGCAACCAUGGAAUCAAAACAAGUAUUUUUAGGAGGGGAGAAAAAAAGAUUUACUUGAAAGAUGUCUACUGUGUAAGGAUGUUUUUUGCUUAUUUUGGUCUGAAAAGGGGGGACCAACGGUUGGCUGGAUAUUUGUCACUGCACUAAGUUGUACUGCUGUUCAAGUUACCUUCUGGUACUGGACAAGCUGUCUGUGUAUCAUUUCAAUGUACUCGUGUAUAUAGCAGAUGAUUUAUUGAAGAGAUUUAUGCAAGUCUUAUUGGAGAGGUUUUUCUUAGCAUUCUUGGAAUUCUUUUUUCCCGUCCAGUGCAUUUAUCAUGAUGGACUUAUUAAAAGAAACUCCAUGACUUUGGGAAGGAUGUACACAUUUCAACAUCUCAUUCUAUUGUUUACUCGAGUGUUGAUCAAAAGAUCAUAUAUAUCACAUUAUAUUUAAAAAAAUGAUGGUACACAAGGUGUUAAGAUCUGACUAGCAUACAGGAGAAUAGGGUUGUAAUUUUUCUCCUCACUGCAUUCCUCAUGUUCAGACAAAGCCGCUAUAGCCAUACAAGUCAAUAUAUUGCAAUCAUUUGUACAAGAAUGUCACAGUCUAAAUAUUGAUUCUUGCUUUUCUCGGAGGAGAACUGGAGUCCGGACGACUCUGUAAUUCAAAGAGUUCUGAAUCAGCCAGAUUGUCACCAAAGGAGAUAAUAGCCAUAGUUUCUUUGCCAAGUUGAAAUAAAGCAGCCAAUAUGUACGAUUUUUUUGUCAUCAAAUACCAAAAGACCGUCAAAAAAAAGAGUAUUUGACAAGGCAAGGGAUCGGCAUGUCCACGAGAUACCGCUGGUAUAGAACAGAUAAACCUAUUAAAUAGUUAAACAUGAAAUUAGCACUUUUGGAAAAGCCUGAAAGAAUCGAUGCAAAAAUGCUGUUGUAUAGCAUUCAGUACCUAUGUACAGUUGUCCCAUGUAUGAAAUCUACAACCACUAUAGCAUUAGUCAUUUUUAAUCAUGAAACAUAACAAUACAUCAGAUUUCUGUUUUUACAAUACAAAUAUUUGUGACACACAAACAUCUGAUAUACACUUAAUUACGUUAUAUUUGAAAUCAGACAACGUUGACAAAGUUAGUGUAAUAUUCUUGGCCUAUGCAUACAGUUUAAGAUGGUGGUAAAUUAGUUUCAUACUUAGAGCAUUUUAAUUGAAACUACUUUUGUUCUUUUUUUUUGUUUAAACCAUUGUAACUUCAUAUGUACCCUUGAAAUUGAGCAAAGACAACUUGAGGAAUAUCUGAAAUCAAUCACCUUGUGAAAAACAAACUUGUCUUCGACUCCAGGUUGAAACGAUACCGUUGCCAUUCCUGCGUUCUUCUUCUUCUUGAAUUUGAUUGAAUUCAAAUACAACAGGGAGUGUUCUUUACGCAGUCAUUGAAGGAGAAAAACUGGUGCUAUGUUGUGUUGAGUUGAUGUGCAAUGUUUGUGCUUUACAUAGGUUGUGGCAAAAUGAAUUCAUUUCAAAUGGACUCUGGGAUGAACAGAUUGUCAGUCUGGUUUUUUUUCUCCCCCUUUUUCUGUCAUGUCUUCUUGCUGUGACGUCACGGCCUUACUCUGGUGUUGAUGUCAGAGUGACAUAGAAUGCUGUUGGAUGUAGUUAUGCAGAAAAGUUGUGGUGGAUUCAAACA